AUGACCCUCACUCCAAUCACGAUAGCGUUCUUCUAUGAGACAAUCUCGCUGUACCUAGGCAAAGGCUACAGCCUGGAGGAGUGCCUGGAAUUGGACAAAGAUGAAGCAAUCGACAGCAUGAUCGAGUCGCUCCGCGGACUGGGAUAUCGAGUGGUUCCUGUGGGGGACAUGGACGAGCUGAUCCAACGCAUUGCGAAGGGGGAGCAUCGGGGAUGGGACUUAGGGUUCUCGAUCUCGGAGGGGAUGCACGGCGCCGCUCGCGAGGCCCAAAUCCCCGGCGUGCUGGAAGCAUACCGUAUUCCCUGCGUCUUUUCGGACGCUGCAACCCUGACCAUGACACUCGACAAAGCAAAGACCAAGAUGAUGUUCCAAUACUACGACAUCGCCACCGCGCCGUUCGCCGUCGUCCCAUCAACGUCCCAGAAUCCCCUUGAAGAUGUGCAAGCAAGCCCUCACGCAGUCGAGUUGACCGCAUAUCCGUUGUUCAUCAAGCCAUCCUGUGAAGGAAGCUCGAAAGGCAUUUAUCCGUUCUCCAAGGUUCACAACCAAGCGGAGCUCGAACAAGGGGUGCAAAAGCUACAACAUCAAUUUCCUGGGCAGAGUAUCCUAGUCGAAAGUUAUCUGGCUGGCCGUGAGUACUCGGUGAGUCUGAUCGGCACCGGCCAGACCGCACGUGUGCUUGGGACCUUGCAUCUGGACUGGGAGGCUGCGCAGAAACGCCACGGGACACAAUCCGAGAGUGAGAAGGAUCCGUUCACAAGAGGGUUCCUGGACGUUGACGCCAAGAACCGAGCGAACGAUAAAGAGGUGAUGAAGUUUGCGAUCGAAUCGUGGGACCCGGAGGUAGCGGCAGUCGAGGCGCUCGCCUUGCGGGUGUGGAGAGUCAUGGGCUUUCGUGACGUGGGACGUGUGGAUAUCCGGUGCUCAGCCGAUGGGAGACCGCAUGUUAUUGAGGUCAACCCUUUGCCUGGAUUAUGUCCAGGGUAUUCUUUCCUGAGCGAGACGGCUCGCCACCAUGGAGUAUCGCACCAGGAACUUCUUGCUCUGGUAGUUGAGAGUGCAGUAGAAAGAUACCCACAUCUCGCGCAAAGGUCACUGGAGCUGAAACAAGGAGGUUUAAAAACCAAAGCGCAGUGA